AUAAUUGAGCUCAGCUAACUAGCUCCCAUGAUCAAGAACCCGGCCAGAACAUAGAAGCGGGCCGAAGGCGAGAGUUGACUAACGCUUAGUUAUGGCAGGGAGGGAGAGGAGCGUCAAUGGAGGAGGAGGAAUCCAUGGCGAUGAGAGGCCCGCGGCCACGGAGCCGGCGGCGGCGCGCGUGCCAAUGCAUCGGAUGUUCGCGUUCGCGGACAGGACGGACGCGGCGCUGAUGGCGGCGGGCGCGGCGGCGGCGGUGUGCAACGGCAUGGCGCAGCCGUUGAUGACCUUCAUCUUCGGCGACGUCAUCGACGCCUUCGGCUCCUCCGCCUCCUCGCCGGACGUGCUGCACAACGUCACCAAGGUGAUCAUGAACUUUAUCUAUCUCGGCAUCGGAGCUGGACUGGCCUCAACACUUCAGGUAUCUUGUUGGACAAUUACUGGAGAAAGGCAGGCAGCCCGAAUCAGGACUCUCUAUCUCAAGGCGAUUCUGAGACAGGACAUUGCGUUUUUCGAUAAGGAAAUGAGCACAGGACAAGUGGUUGAGAGAAUGUCAGGAGAUACAUUUCUAAUUCAAGAUUCUAUUGGAGAAAAGGUUGGCAAGUGCAUACAACUCCUUUCUACUUUCUUUGGAGGUUUUGUUAUUGCAUUUGUGAGAGGAUGGCUCUUGGCCCUUGUUUUACUCUCAUGCAUUCCUCCAAUAGCUGUGGCUGGCGCUAUUGUGUCAAGGUUGACGACAAGACUCUCCACCCGCAUACAAGCAAAAUAUGGAGAUGCUGGAAAUAUUGUUGAACAAACUAUUGGGACCAUUAGAACGGUUGUUUCAUUCAAUGGUGAGAAGCAAGCUAUAACAAUGUAUAAUAAGUUCAUAAGAAAAGCACGUGAAUCUGCUCUACACGAAGGUGCUGUUAAUGGGCUUGGAUUAGGCUCUGUAAUGGCAAUCUUGUUUUGUAGCUAUGGGUUGGCAGUUUGGUAUGGAUCAAGAUUGAUAGUUGAGCGAGGAUACAAUGGUGGCUUAGUUAUUAAUGUUCUAAUGUCUGUCAUGAUCGGUGCAAUGUCUUUAGGGCAGGCAACACCAUCAAUAACAGCUUUUGCAGAAGGUCAAGGAGCAGCACAUAGAAUGUUCAAGGCAAUUGAAAGACAGCCAAAUAUUGAUAUAUGGGAUACCACAGGUAUCAUAUUGGAACACAUCAAGGGUGAUGUUCAACUAAAGGAUGUGUACUUCAGCUAUCCUACAAGGCCUGAACAUUUGGUAUUUGAUGGGUUCUCAUUGCAAGUACCAAGUGGCACAACAAUGGCACUAGUUGGAGAGAGCGGCAGUGGGAAGUCAACCGUGAUCAGUUUGGUUGAGAGAUUCUAUGAUCCGGGAUCUGGGGAAGUCUUGAUCGAUGGAGUCGACAUUAGAACAAUGAAGCUUGGAUGGAUAAGAGGAAAAAUUGGUCUUGUCAGCCAAGAACCAGUGUUGUUCUCAAGUACAAUCCGGGAAAAUAUCACGUAUGGGAAGGAUGAUCCAACUCUUGAAGAGAUCAAGAGAGCAAUCGAGCUUGCUAAUGCAGCAAUAUUCAUUGAUAAAUUGCCAAAUGGUCUUGAGACAAUGGUUGGGGAACGUGGAAUUCAACUGUCGGGAGGGCAGAAACAAAGAAUAGCAAUUGCCAGAGCAAUUUUAAAAGACCCUAGAAUCUUACUACUUGAUGAAGCAACCAGCGCACUGGAUAUGGGAUCUGAGAGGGUAGUUCAAGAAGCUUUGAAUAGAGUUAUGUUAGAGAGGACUACAAUCAUUGUUGCACAUCGACUAAGCACAGUAAAGAAUGCUGAUGUGAUAUCCGUCCUACAGCAUGGGAAGAUGGUGGAACAAGGUUCACAUGUAGAACUGAUGAAGAAAUCUGAUGGUGCUUACUCUCAGCUGAUUCAUCUGCAAGGGACUCAGCAGGGAUCAGAUGACCCGAAUAUUGACUCUGAUAUGAUAAUAACAGAUGGUCUUAGCUCUACUAGGUCCAUGAAAAGCAAACCAAGAAGUAAAAGUAUGUCACGUAUGAGUAAAGAUUCCUCUUCUUUUGGGAGUGGUAGGCGCCCUUUCACUUCCCCGCUUGGCCUAUCUGAUCCCGUGGAAUUCAGUAAUGAUCAGGACAUAGAGACUAUGGACAAAAUGUCUGGUGGUCGGAAGAAAGCUCCAAUUGGCCGACUCUUCUGUCUCAACAAACCAGAGGCUUUUAUUCUUGCUCUUGGUUCUAUAACUGCUGCAAUGCACGGAGUUGUUUUUCCUGUAUAUGGCGUAUUGAUUUCAAAUGCAAUAAAGACGUUCUAUGAGCCACCAGCAGAGCUACUUAAGGACUCCAAGUUCUGGGCAAGCAUGUUUGUCGUACUGGGAGCUUCCAUACUUGUUCUUGUUCCAAUAGAGUACUUCCUGUUUGGAGUAGCAGGUGGGAAGCUUGUGGAGCGCAUACGAUCACGGACAUUCCAAAGUGUCAUGCGCCAGGAGAUAAACUGGUUUGACAUACCUCAACACUCUAGUGGAGCAAUUGGUGCGAGGCUAUCGACUGAUGCCCUGAAUGUGAAGCGCCUAGUUGGAGACAAUUUAGCACUUAAUAUCCAGACAGUAUCAACCAUCAUAACAGGCUUCACCAUAGCUAUGGUUGCAAACUGGAAGCUAGCAUUGAUCAUCACAGUGGUGGUUCCUUUGGUGGGUUUCCAAGGCUAUGCUCAAAUGAAGUUCCUGAAAGGUCUCAACAAAGAUGCAAAGCUUAAAUACGAAGAAGCAAGCCAAGUUGCAACUGACGCGGUUGGAGGCAUCAGAACUGUGGCUUCGUUUUGUGCAGAGCAGAAGGUAAUUGAUAUCUUCGAGAAGAAAUGUGAAGCUCCCAGUAGGCAAGGAAUGAGGGAAGGUGUUGUUGGUGGCUUGGGCUUUGGCUUCUCGUUUAUGGUGUUCUACUUCACGUAUGCUCUUUGCUUCUAUGUUGGCGCCAAGUUUGUUCACCAAGGAACAGCAUCAUUUCCUGAAGUUUUUAGGGUCUUCUUCGUGUUAGUUUUGGCCACGAGUGGAAUCUCGCGAACGAGUGCUUUAGGUGCAGACAGCACCAAGGCUAAUGAAUCAGCUGUCUCUAUCUUUGAAAUUCUGGACCGUAAGUCGAAGAUUGAUUCGAGCAGCGAGGAGGGUGCAGUCAUUGCAGCUGUUAGGGGUGAUAUUGAGUUCCAGAAUGUGUGCUUCAAGUACCCACUACGUCCAAAUGUUCAGAUUUUCAAUGAUCUAUCCUUGAGCAUUCCUUCUGGAAAGACUGCCGCGCUUGUCGGGGAGAGUGGAAGCGGGAAGUCGACGGUGAUCGGGUUGCUGGAGAGGUUCUACGACCCGGACUCAGGAAGGAUCCUUCUCGACGGCAUGGAGCUUCAGACCCUCAAGGUCGGCUGGUUUCGGCUGCAGGUCGGACUCGUGGCGCAGGAGCCUGUGCUGUUUAACGACACCAUCCGCGCCAACAUCGCCUACGGCAAGCAGGGGUCCGCGUCGGAGGAAGAGAUCGUCGCCGCCGCAGAAGUGGCGAAUGCACACCGGUUCAUCUCCGGGCUGCCCAACGGGUAUGACACAGUGGUGGGUGAGAGAGGGAUCCAGCUUUCCGGCGGGCAGAAGCAGCGUGUGGCAAUCGCGAGGGCCAUUGUGAAGGGACCCCGGCUGCUGCUGCUGGACGAGGCUACAAGCGCGCUGGAUGCCGAGUCCGAGCGCGUGGUGCAGGAGGCGUUGGACCAAGCGAUGGUCGGCCGGACCACCGUCGUGGUGGCGCAUCGACUGUCGACGGUGAGAGGCGCCCACAUCAUCAGCGUCCUAAAGAACGGGACCAUUGUGGAGAAAGGAAGGCACGAAGAACUCAUGCGGAUAAAGGAUGGAGCCUACGCCUCACUUGUUGAGCUUAGCUCCGCUUCAAGGUAGUCCUGAUGAAAUGAAAGCAAGGACUUUGUAUAUGCGAGAAUGGUGGUAUAUGCAAGUUUGAAAUGAAAAUUAGGAGAGAAAGUGUUAAGUUUAUAGUGCACGAUUCGUUCUUCUCUGCCAACAUUGCAUGUACUGCUCCCUCGGUCCCAAAACAAGUGACGUGGAUUUGCAUGGGACGGAUGUGGUAUAUACCAUUAUUCAGUUUAUAUGGCUGUGCAUGGUUGUAUACUCAAUUUCUCUCAGAUGACUGAGGUAUUUAUUUUGUGAAUUUGCUGUCAAAAAGUUACUGUUGAAAAGCUAAUAGUCAUUUUGACAAAAAAAAAGAUUGUAAUCUAAUAAAUCUGGAAGGAGG